UGGCCUUUCGUUGCUGCUCGGUCAACAGCUGGGUCACAUGUCCCACCUGCCUGCAGGUGUUCUCAUGAUGUGUCCUUAGCAUCCUGUGCUCCUUCAUGUCGGAGCUCGUCAGCAAUGCCGGCACCGUCACGGUUCUGCUGCCCGUAUUUGCAGUUUUGGCUGAAGACCUGCGCAUAAACCCACUGCUCUUAAUGAUACCGGCGACUCUCACCAGCAACUUUGCCUUCAUGCUGCCAGUGGGGACUCCGGCGAAUGCCAUUGUUUACGAGCACGCAAGACUGAAGGUGUCCGACUUGGUGCUCCCUGGGAUUCUGGUGAAAGCCAUCACAAUCUUCACCACAGUGGCCGUGACGUUCGUGCUCGGCGACCCGAUCUUCGGCAUGUUCAGCGAAGCAGACUGGUUGCGACCCGUUGUUACGGCCAACAUCAGCGUCACCGCUUCUUUGCAAGCACGUUAGCCGUUUUGCGCGCAGCGCGUCCCUGUUGUGACUGUGGUGUUGCUUCAACAAGAUGCGCGCGAAAGGACGUGUGUUGGCAGCAGUGUACGCUGCCCCAACGAGAACGCUGAGCCGAUGGGCGGGGCGAACUCUCCAUGAGCGAACGAGAACCUUGUGCCAACGUGCAGCUGUUAUGAAAGUUCGCACUCACUCGGAACGCGGCUAACACGCUCGCCUAUGUAGUCGGUUUUAAAGUGUGUCCGUUCGUUCGUUACGUCAUACGCUGUCAGCUUAUGCUGUAAAUAGGAAA